UGGACACAUUCCGCUUCGGGCAGUAUCCACCAGAGGAGGAUCAAACCGAAGAACUCAUGACUGGCCCGAACUCUCCUUAUCUCGAACGUGUCCGGCUGUUUCUUGCGUUGAAAACCAUAUCAAAGCAUGCAUUCCGACUGUGUGACAUCUUUGAUGCUCCGAUGUCAUGGCCACCCUUUGAUGUUCGUGAAACAGAACAGAAGUGGCACCUUCUCUAUCUUCCAGAGGAUAGACGCACAGAGGCGCUGGAUGAUACCUCCCACUUCGAUAUCAGAGAAGCGGAGGCCUAUGCUCAGGAGGAGGAGGCUGAAGAACUGGAUGAGGACGGCAUCUAUGAUCUCAGCAGUAACUCCGAUACGGACGAAACUUCCAUCUCCACAACCACUGAUCCUAGCCUUGCUUACCCACCCGUUGACACUACCCCCAUUGGAACCUGGCUGGACGCAGUGUGGACCAAAGAGUGACAGCCCUCGGAGGGGCCUCAAUGACUUUGGCGGUCAUCCUGGAACCUUAUCUCAGUCCAUUUUUUUCAUACUCACCCCGCGCUUUCCUCGAAUAUCUGAUCUUCAUUAUGUUCGAAUCUACGAGCACCGCGAGGUGCUGCCUUUGAAUCCCCCGCACUUUAUUGCUCAAACCCUUAGCCCCUGUUCUUAGUAUCUGCUAACUGCUGGCCCGCUCCUCGGAGCAUCCCAUCGAAGGAGAGGUUAUCUGCAUAAGUAUGGAGUGGGGAAAUAGAUACCGCACAGCAUGAGUCCCGCUUGUGACUAUCAGUUGUCGGUUGAGGAUUAAUCCAACGCUAUUGAUAAAUACAUCGCAGCAGUCGUAUGAUUAUUUAACUACAUAACGCUGGAGAUAGCUUAGAGAACACUCCCAACAUGUCUUUGUCCCGUUCAUGUCCGGUCAGUAUAGUGCUGCAUUUUGAUGGUGUACAUGGAUCC